UCAUGACUUUAUCUAAAAACAAGUUGGCAAAUACUAUUUAAAAAUGGGUUGAUGAAUGUUAUCAUGUUUGUUUUUCCCUUUGUUCUGAGUAACCAUUAUCUAGGUCAUUAACUUACCUGCCAGGUUGCAACAAGAAAAAGCUGUUCUAAUUUGCAUACCAAUAGAUCUGCAUGGUCAUCUGCAUACAAUUUUGACAAAACAAGCUUUUAUUCUGCAUUUGUAUGCAUUUACCUAUUUUCACCACAGGUUAUUUUGCAAAAACGGGCCUGUUUUCUAAUGAAUUGUCUCUAUUUACAGGAAUUCAUUGACUGAAAUUGAAAAGCCAACUCCAUUUUACCCCAAUCCUUCAAAGCACCAUGCAAUUUGGUAAAGACAUUGUAAACUUCACGCAGGAUUGGGUUGCAGUUGUGGAGUCAUGGCACCUGGAGUUGUUUUGCAUUCCCGCCACUGUCAUCACCUUGGCUACCUUGAUUGCAAACCCUGUUCUCCUGUGUUGCAUUUUUACUUUUCGCGCCUUGCGUCAGGAAACCCGCUACCUGCUGGUGGCUAACACUCUAGUGGCAGACAUGCUCUUCCUUGUCCUCAACCUGACCACAACCUUCAUCAACUCAGUGGAAGUCCGCAUUUCCUGGAUGGCGUGUGAGCUGAUGACAAUCGUCCUUGUCACCGCUUACAGCUCUGCCAUCCUCACUGUCACUGUCAUGGUGGUUGACACCUUUGCUGCCGUCAACUGGCCACUUCAUUACCACGAUUUCCUCACACCUGCUCGCACCUACAGUCUCCUCGUGUUGAUGUGGGUACUGGUGGCCAUCUUCCCCUUGACUUUGCUUAUUAUUAAGUGGGAAAGUUCUACUGAAAACGUCUUUGCCUGUCUGGCUGUCAUUUCCCUUGGCUUGAUCCAAAACAAAAACGUGGAGGGCGUUUACGUGUACUUUUUGGUGUGCGCCAUAGCCUGUUCCUUGGUCAUUUUCUACUGUUAUAUUCGGCUCUACAUGGUGACAAGGACGCAGGGUAUUUGGCAGACCCGCUUCUCCAGGGCGCGGGUCACCGUACUGGCCCACGGGGUUCUGCUCUUUCUCUACUUUGUCCCUGGCUUUCUCUUUGCACUAGAGCUCCUCAUGUUCCGUGAACAGAGCUCACAUCCGGACGUAAAUGUGUGGAUCAGCACUCUCAAUGGCAGUUUUUUUAUGCUCCUCCCCAGGGCCCUCGCCCCUUAUCUGUAUGGUCUGAGGUACAGAGAGAUCAGUGAAUAUCUGACUCUGCUGCUGCAUCGCCAGAGAAGACUCAGCCAAAUCUCCCUAUCCUGAGGACUUUAAGAAGCCACCUGUCGUUUACUGUGAAUUGCCUUUUUAGAAUAACAUAUUUCUUUGAUUUCACUAAAUGUUCUGUUUCUUGUGGUGUAUAUAUGCCCCUAAUCAGUGUUCAUCACACAAUGCUAUAUGAGUUUUAUAAAUAAAGAAAAAAACUUUGUGCUAAACACUCCAAUGUUAAAAGGCCUCCAAUCUUCCCUAGCAACACUUUUUUAUUUCAUGAGAUUAGUUUCCACAAAGAAAAAUCCCUCUUAAUCACACUUUUCAGGUAAAAUGUUUUAGCAUCUUUUGUCAUUUUGUUAUAUUUUCUGCAUUAUUUUGUAAUGUGGAAAUGGUGAUGCUUGAAAAAUGUGAAAGCCAAAGCAACUUAGCAUACACAGAGAGAUGCCUAAACCUAAAAAUUUUGAUUGUAUGAAAGUCCCAGACUGUGUCAAACCUCAAUGUAGUGUUUUUCUGCCCUCAGAGAUGGUUUUGAUUGUUGGUAGUCCAAGUUUACAUAUUCACUGACUGUUUUGAAGAAAGAAUAUUUUACUGUCAAUUAGUGUUUCUCUUCAACAUUGUUGUUUAAGAUUUUUAUAGUUGAGAAUAGAAAAGUGUUAAUUGCCUAAUAAAUGCUGUCCAAAGUUA